AUUCUUCUUCUUCCUCUAGCUAGCUCCACACUUGGCACAUUUGCCAGCUGUGCACGUGAAAGCCGUCGACGACAACACAAACCAGUCACAUCGACAUCGAAAUCGACAUGUCCAAGGUUAAGGGUAAGAAUAAGGAGCGCUUCGAUGACGAUAAGGAGCAGCCAGAGAAAGUGAUUGUCAACGAGAAGAAGCAUGCGAACAAGAAGGGCAAAAAGGGAAAGCGUGCUGCCGGCGGCGGUGGCGAUUCCAGUGAUAAUGAAUCCGUAGGCAACAUCAAAUUGAACAACAACGCUGACGGCGAUGAUCUUGAAAGCGUAAAGUCCACGCAAAGCAAGCAGCAGCAGCAGAAGAAGGCAGCGAAGAAGGGUAAAAAGGGCAAGCGAAACGAUGAUUGGAGUGAUGAUGAGCAGCCGGCAAAGCCGACAUCAAAAGUCACAAGCGAUGGUUCCGAUGAGGAGACAGCAGCCGUCGCCAAAUCACAGUCACCUGCCAAGAAACAGCAGCAGGCAAAGAAAAGUAAGAAGAACAACAAGAAGAAAGCGAAUGCUGGCUUUAGCGAUGAUGACGACGAUGAUGUGAUGGAUGUGAAUCUGAAUGAUGACGAUGUUGUGCAUGAUGACUAUGAUGAGGACGAUGAGGAAGUGGUUGCCAUUGCCAAGCCUGCAGCCAAGAAAUCUAAAAAGAAGCAACAGUAUAUAUCUAAUAAAUUUGCCUUGAGUGACGAUGAUGAUGUGAGUGUGGACGUGGACGAAGAUGAUGAUGAUGAGGAUCAUGAUGAGGAGCCGGAGCUCGAAGAAGUUGUGCCGGUCAAGCCAGCAGCGAAACAAUCUAAGAAGAAGCAGCAGCAAGAACAAAAGGAUCAAUCAAGCGAUAAUAAUGAUGAAAAUGUGAAAGAGCUAAUUAAAGAGGAGGUGCCGCCAGCGCCAAUAGAGGAAUCUUUAAGCGCAAAAGUUGCCACCGUAACGCUAAACGAAGUCGAACCAGUACCUGAGCCAACGGCAGUGGAAGAGUUGGCGACCACGCCCAUAUCCGAAGAGUCAUCGGAAGCGUUUGCCGAGUCCAAGGAAAAGAAAAUGUCGCAUAAGGAGAAGAAGAAGCAAAAGAAAGAACAGGAAUACGAACGACAAAUAGAGCUAAUGACGAAAAAGGGCGGCACUGGUCAAUCAGAUCUCGACAACAAUUUCACCAUGUCCCAGGUGCAGAAGAGCGCUGGCCAACAGGCGGCCCUCGAGCAUGCUGUUGACAUCAAAAUUGAGAAUUUCACGAUAUCGGCCAAAGGCAAUGAUUUGUUUGUGAAUGCCAAUCUGCUGAUUGCCAAUGGUCGUCGCUAUGGUUUGGUGGGUCCGAACGGUCACGGCAAGACGACGCUGCUCCGUCAUAUAGCCACGCACGCAUUCGCCAUACCGCCCAACAUUGAUGUGCUGCUCUGCGAACAGGAGGUGGUUGCCACAGACAAGACGUCCAUUGAGUCCAUACUGGAGGCAGAUGUGAAGCGUACCCAGAUGCUGAAGAAGAGCGAGGAGCUGGAAAAGCAAUUCGCCAAUGGCGAUAUGAGUGUUCAGGAGGAGCUCAACGAUACAUUUGCUGAGCUAAAAGCGAUUGGUGCAUAUUCGGCGGAGGCGCGAGCCCGUCGCAUUCUGGCCGGUCUUGGCUUUAGCAAGGAGAUGCAGGAUCGACCAACAAACAAAUUUUCUGGCGGUUGGCGGAUGCGUGUCUCGCUCGCCCGCGCCCUUUAUUUGGAGCCAACGUUGCUCAUGCUGGACGAACCGACAAAUCAUUUGGAUCUGAAUGCAGUCAUUUGGCUAGAUAACUAUUUACAGGGCUGGAAGAAAACACUAUUAAUUGUCUCUCACGACCAAAGCUUUUUGGAUAAUGUAUGCAACGAGAUUAUACAUCUGGAUCAGAAGAAAUUGCACUACUACAAGGGCAACUACUCGAUGUUCAAGAAGAUGUACGUGCAGAAGCGACGCGAGAUGAUCAAGGAGUAUGAGAAGCAGGAGAAGCGAAUCCGUGAACUUAAGGCCCACGGCCAGUCGAAGAAGGCAGCUGAGAAGAAGCAGAAGGAAACGCUGACACGCAAGCAGGAGAAGAAUAAAUCGAAACAGCAGAAACAGGACGAGGACGAUGGCCCCCAAGAGCUGCUCGCCCGUCCAAAGGAGUACAUUGUGAAAUUCCGAUUUCCCGAGCCCUCCCAGCUGCAACCCCCCAUUCUGGGUGUGCACAAUGUCACGUUUGCCUUUGAUGGCCAGAAGCCACUGUUUAUCAAGACCGAUUUUGGCAUUGAUCUGACUAGUCGCGUUGCUAUUGUGGGUCCCAACGGUGUCGGCAAAUCAACGUUCCUCAAGUUGCUGCUCGGUGAAUUGCAGCCGCAGCAGGGCGAGCAGCGUAAAAAUCAUCGACUGCAUGUGGGACGCUUCGAUCAGCAUUCGGGCGAGCAUUUGACUGCCGAAGAGUCGGCGGCUGAAUAUCUCCAACGUCUAUUUAACUUGCCGCACGAGAAGGCACGCAAAGCGCUGGGCUCCUUUGGGCUGGUCAGCCAUGCGCAUACCAUUAAAAUGAAGGAUCUGUCUGGUGGCCAGAAGGCGCGCGUUGCUCUUGCCGAGCUGUGCCUCAGCGCACCAGAUGUGCUCAUUCUCGAUGAGCCGACCAAUAAUCUGGACAUUGAAUCAAUCGAUGCAUUGGCCGAGGCCAUCAACGAGUAUGAGGGCGGUGUCAUUAUAGUCUCUCACGAUGAACGCCUGAUACGCGAAACUGGUUGUAUGCUUUACGUUAUCGAGGACCAAACAAUCAACGAGAUUGAUGGUGAAUUCGAUGAUUACCGCAAGGAGGUGCUCGACUCUCUCGGUGAGGUGGUCAACAAUCCCAGCGUUGUAGCCAAUGCAGCUGUGCUGCAAUAGCCCGCCAUUGAAUUUCUCUCCUGUUUUUUUUCAACUGUUGAAUAGUCCUUCACCAGAUAGCCUUUCAAUAUAUGGGCACCAAAUCCCAAUAAAACAAAUACAUAUGUUGAAUUAAUUGAAAUAUUAA